UGCAAGCGCUUCUGGCCAUGGACAGAGCAUGGGGGUUGUGGAACAACAACAAAUUAAACGUUUUCUGUAAUGAGUGGGGGGACAUCGUGACAUGUAACCGACAGGGCAUGGUAACCUCCCUGUAUGUGUAUUCAGAAAGUGCAAACGUUCUUGAGUCUCGAGUUGUGCCGGCAGCCAUCACAGCCCUCUCUGCGCUUCAGAAACUGGAUUUGGGGAACACUGGACUGACCGGAAGCAUGGAACUUCUCGGCCAUUUGCCCAACUUGCAAUAUGUAGAUUUGAGCUUCACCGGCUUCAAUGGAUCCAUCCCUGAAUCCAUCAGCAAUGCCACGAGUCUGACGUACCUUGACCUCUCAGGCGUGGCUGUCAGUGGAAGUCUCCCAUGCAGCAUCAGUCGCCUCACUGCACUCCAAACCCUGAACGUUGGUAUGCCUCAGUUUCAUGUUGACAUUUAUCUUCCAUCCCUGGGCGAUGACCCAACAGA